GGUUGUGGAUGGAAGCAUGUCGGUGGAGGGUGACGUUUCCGCCCAACUUCGCUUUGGAACGAUGCGCUUAUCUCGUGCGGAGAGGGAUCGCAUUCGCAAUGGGUAUGUUUGGUUUGAUUGGUUCUCAGUGCCGCAGAUAGCUUCGCGGGAACCCCAUGCAGACGAACAUGAGUUUGCAGAUGACACAUGCCUUUGUGUGAAAUCCAUCCCCAGUUAUGUGGAGAAGUGCCAGGUGUUUGUGGCUUUGGUCCCCCGGCUGCUUCACGCCGAUCGAGGGACUGUGUGCAACUACAGCACUUGGCUGGAUCGAGGCUGGUGCCGUGCAGAGAUGUGGUGUAAGGUCUUGUCUGAAGCAUCAGACAUCCCCAUGAUUGUCAUAGAGUCUGAAGACAAGGCCGAGUUCUUGUUUCCUUUCAACUGGAACAGGAAGGUGGCGCACGAGGCAGACUUCACAGUGGAGGCGGACCGCAGAGCGGUCUCCGAGAUGUCGCGCAAGGCGCUGCUGGGGAAGCUGAUGUCGCGUGCAGCUGGAGCUCAGCUGGCACAGUAUCGCUACUUUGCGGCCUGCCAGGAGGGCUUCACUGGGCAGCCACCGGCCAGGAGGUCGGUUCAGGAGUUUCUUUCCUUCUUCCGCUCUCCAUCAUUGAAAGAUGCUAUAGCACCUGCAGGUUAUACCGGCCUGGCAUGCGCCACGUUGUCCGGAGAUCUCCCCAUGAUGCGGCAUUUGAUCCGAGCAAAAGCUUCACCGGAUGCCCCGCUGCCCCCGUUGGUGAAGGUGGGGCAAUGUGGUGCCUGGCGAUGUCUCCAUUUAGCUGCGCAUCAGGGCUCGCGAGGCGAAGAUGCCUUGCUGACGCUGCUGGAGCUGCGUGCUUCUCCAAAUCUGGCAGAGACCUCGGGGUCUUCAGCGUUGGGCUUCUGCAGUACCAUUAAG